AUGAACAAGCCAGCAGGGCAUCUUUUCCGCGUCGAUGCAUCUCUGAAGGAAUAUUUUGACGUGUGCAACGAUGACGAUAGCAGUGCGGAGGAAUUUGACGAUGAGAGCGAUCAGGACUCACCAAACUACUGGCGAUCAUCACGCCUCUCCCCGCUCAGGGGGAAGGCGCGACUAAGUUUGCGCCAGCGCAGCUCCGUUCAGCACGCACUGAUGAGUCAGAAAGCUGCCUCUCGUCGGGGUCGUGAUGCGGCGGAAGUGGCAUCCGUAUUUGCGAGGCCAUUGAGCGCCACUGUCGACAUGAACGACGGAACGACGGAGGGUGCAACGGGGACGUUAGCUAACAUCAUGCAAGAGAACACUGCCGAGUGCCUUUUCUUUGACGCCCUCUGUGCGUUUCGUCAGUCCCCUAAUGAAAGCUUUGAGGUGACGCUCGCCCACCAAGGCGGGGGACCGCCGGUUUGGUCGCUACGAAAAGGAAUCACCGCGGCUGAGACGUGGGAGACGAUCUCUUUUUGUUUGCGUUCGCUUAUUGAGGCACUUCUCGUUGGGGCCAAUGAUGUCGCACGGGCUCAGUGGUUACUGCAGUUACUAGGGGUAUCUUUGUCCCGGGAAAAUGCAGGUGUCAUGGCAGAUGCCUUUAUCGACUAUGCUCAAACCUGCACAGGGGAGGAGGGUUUACUUCUUGCAGCGCACCUAGUCUUGUGCCGCUUUGCCUCCGUAGUACGCCGAUUGAUGCAGAGGAUAACGAGUUGGGCAAUUCAGAUGCAGGAAAAGUGUGCUGCUGCCAACCUUCAAAAGUUUUUAAGGCCUAUUUUGCACAAGAGUAUUGAGAAGGUACUGUUGCCUUUACGUCGUUGUAUUCAUUUGCUGGAGCGUUCUUGUAGCCUGACGAAUGGGUGCUCUCUCACUGGGGGCUCUGGUGUGAAGACGGAGGUGAACACCGUGACCCGCGCGUCUGCUCUUAUGGACCAUCUCAUUGUUUGCAUGAGUGCCCUGCAGGACAGCAACACGAUGAAUCUUUAUCGUUUCUACAUGGUUCUUUUGAUAUAUUGUAGUUGGCCCUACGUGCUCCUUAUGACGUCAGCCAUCUUUGGUUUUGUGACGGAUGUUGACGCGGAUGCGUGGCGCUCGAAUGUCCCACGAAUCUUUCGUUUGUCAUUUUCUCACAUUCGAGUUGGCGACUACAGCAGGAGUGACCGCAAGAUAGUGACGCUGCCCACUGAUAUUCUUUCACUUGUGCUGCUAUGCGUCGGGUACGAGCGGGUUGAGGUGGACGGGCCCUGCAGUGACGAAGGCGGGAAACGGAGGCGCGGCAUAAGCCGUGCGAGACGACGUGCGGCAUUCGCAUCGAUGUUGUCAUCUCGGAGUUUUAUCCUUCGUAGUUUUGUGGCCUUUGCACGACAAAAAGAACUUGUCGGCUGGACUCGCAAGCGAUGCGCCGAUGGCCGUCCCACACUUCCAGGGUCUUCCACGGGCGAUGAAUGGCUGAGAUUCACGCAACGGGGAGAAGAAACAACGGACCACUCCCCUUCCACCCCCGCUGCUUUGCCGCUUGCGCUCUGCAGCGACGGCGAGAGCGGAUUCACACCGUCAUGUUUCGAAUCUCUCAUGUUGAUGCUACAAGUGGAAGAUACGAAGACUUAUCACGAUUUACUACUACGUGAUGCUGCGACAGAGGUAACUGACUCGCCACUGCGGCUCUGGCUUCACACGUCUUUGCCGGCUGCCAGGUGGGUGACGGCGAGCUUCUUGGUUCCCAUCGGACAGGUCGUACAGCGCUUACAAGAGCGACGAUUGGCAGAACUGCUCUCAACCAACGUGGCACGGGACCGUGUGGGGUACCAUGCGACCAACUUCGAGAACAAUGACGAUGCCUAUGAUGAAGAUGAUGAACUUCCUGUUAUUGAAUUUUCUGGACACUCAUCCACGGGAAAUGGAGAGAGCACCACCAUCUCUUUACGACGCGGUGGCCCCCUGCCAGCAGGUAGUGCAGGUGGUAGUGGUGUUGGAAGGACUGCAGGUGAGGAGGCAUUAACGCCAUACGGUGUUACAUUUCGGGACGCCGUGAGUUUACUCAUUGAUGUUGCGCUUUGUCGUGAUAGUGAGCGUAUUGUAUACACGUUUUUGCAUCGUCUGUUCGUUGAGCCGCACUGGUGGUACCGACGCGACGCGGUGAGUUACAAGUACACGGGUACUGCCUCAAGUUUUAUUUCCGCCGCCUUUGCAGAUGCCAUUUGCGGAAAGGCAUUCGCUCAGUUUGUUCGGCUCUCGGUGGCACCAAAGUCCGAAGACGAUCUUGUGCCGACCACUGGCGACGAUUGUGCGCUUGAACUGCUUCGAACGUUUGCCUCCUUUGAGCUUCACUUCUCCUUUCCGUGGGACAUUGAGCUCAUUCUGCUCCCUUUGAGCCUCUCCGUUUUGUGGGGGGACGCAGGCACAGUUCAGGAGAAAUACGCAUCCUACUUUUGGAAGAAUCGAUGUCUUGGUGAGGCAACAAAAGUUAGGAAGGAGUGUGUGGAGGAGAUGCCCGCGGCAGCAGGAGCACAAGAUGAACAGGGGAGGCAAGUACGGCAACUGUCUGAUGAACACGGAGCGAAGGUGCGGGAUAGCUGGAGCUACUGUUUUGGGUAUCUGUGCUCCUUGCACUAUGCCCAGAUCUCUCUUCGGGAGCAGCGGAAGUGGCUGCAGCAGCGGGAUAUUGUCUCGCAUAAACUUAUGUCUGGGCUUGGCAGCUCACCGCAGGGAGGAAACCACACAGUGCGCCUUACUCGCGGGCUUGGCAGCGCGUACUUUGAGCUUUCUUUUGCAGUGGAUUCUCUUCUAAGUUUUACGCAGAACAUUGCGGGUGGUGUAGCCCGGGAGUUGGAGGGGGAACUGACCAAAUUGGGUGCGGUGAACUCUUGCAUAGAGCUAUGCCAGCGCGUUGACGCCCUUCUUCUUCGCCUAGGAUCUGUGUGUUUUCCAGUUGUGCCGCUGCUGGAGGACGCGGUUCCAUUGACAGACUUUCUUUCUGUCCGUGAAAGUAUUGCAGCGGUGCUCACAAUUGCGUUAAACCCAACCACCCUGCCGCUGAGGCACAUCACAUCUAGAACGCAGAAUGCGAUUGAGGCACUUGUAGCCGUGGUGCGUGCUCUGCCCGCGACGUCUGUACUGAAGGAAAAGAUUAGUCCGUUGCUGGUUCUGUUGACAUUUAAUCGCUUCUACGGCGAAUGA